GGGCUCAAGGUGGCCAAGAGCAUCACGAAGGGCUUCAUCAUGUGCGUCCAGGGAUUCGUCCUCAAGAACCUCCUCUUCGGCAGACGCAGGCUGAGCGUCGGAGUCGAACCCAGGAACCUCCUCAAGACAACGGUACGAGCUCAGGAGGAUGCCCUUGUCGAAGCCCUGGCCGACGUCCUGUGGCAAGCUGGAGGGCGAACGGGCGCUUUCUUGUGCCUCACGCAGGAGAACGUCUACCUGACUACUGACGAAGACUACCAGUGCGACGGCUGCACUGAGAGGCUUCACAUCUUCGAAUACAGCAAGCAGGACGAGCUGAGAUUUAAUGUUAAAAAAUAUCUCUACGAGUUCAUGUCGACCGAGCGGUGUGGUCUCCUCUGUUUCCUCUAUAGCCUUAUAAUGACCCGUGGCUUCAAGAGAAAAUUCCCUGAUUUCCCCGGCGCCAGACUGGACGAUGAUCUCGGCGACGCGGCCGGGAAUUUGCUUCAACACAACGGAUCGAUCCAGCCGACCCUCGCCGCCCUUAUAUUGACUGGCCGAGCGUCGCCCUUCCUCCACAACGGGAUCAUCUACGAGGGCAGCGAGGACACCAUGGCCAAACCGAAAACCGGGGUCCUGAUCCGGGCGCAGGUGGGGCUCCUGGUGUGGCAGAGGUCGGACGGCAAUCGGCAGGUCGCGGUGGGGUCACGCCUCAAGACCCCCUCCCUCCCGAUCUGGGUCACGCGGUGCAACGGGUCCUACGGGGUCCUUUUCAACCCCAAUCGGGAGCUGCUGAGGGACUACCACGCCGAGAACAGGUUCAGCCUCUACUACUACUCGUGCUCGUCCAACCACCCGGCUUCCACCCUCGUGACCAUCGACACCCGCACGCCCUCCGCCAACGAGGAGUUCAACGCGCCCGACCUCGAGAACCUCAUCCACACUAAGUGGAACGACGCAACAGUUACCUGGAAUGGAACCAUGCCUUACGUUUAAGGCAAAGGACCCCCCAAAACAUGAAGAAAGGACCCCCUGGCCCAUCCAUAAAGCCUUCAAAUCAUCUAGAGAUCUCCGCUGCCUUUCCUCAUACAUUGCAAGCUCUUCCUCAUACCUCAUUUUUAUACUCAUUAUUUAGUUAACUUACUUACUCUGUUUCUUUUUUUUUUUAUCUUUUGCUGUCCUUUCCCUCGGCAGUAUAUUACAACUCUUACUAUUUCUGCUAUACUCAUUCACACAUUCCCUUGCAUCACAGGUACAUCCAGAGUACAGAAUGUGAUGCAAAUGUAACUGGAGAGAUAAAACGUAGAAUAUAUUCGACAGCAUUGGUAGAACCUAAAGCAUCUUUGAUAGAAUGUUAGAACUAAAGCCUGUUAGAUUUAGUGCAAUCACUGUGGAGGUUUUAUAGGUUUAUAAAGGUGCUACAGCGCAUCACAAAUAUGUCCUAUAUCAAAAAGUUAAUCUAAGUGGGGGUUUUCGCAGUUAAGAUACAGAUUUUGUAUACGUAGAAUGUGUAGUAUAAAAAGAUAUACAUACUAUUUUAGGCAAACCUAUUAACGAUAAUAUAGAUAUUUUAUAGAAAAGAAGUUGAGAUAAGUUAUUAUACUUGAUUCGCUAUUUUACUGUGAAAGAAACGACAAAUUUUAUUCAAAUAAAAGAUCAAGA